AUGAUGACUGAAGAAGACAAAGAGAUCUGUAUGUUCUUCGUGGACGAUUCCAACAUCUGGAUCGAGGCCCAAAAGUUCGCCGCCUCAGGAAACAGCCACAUGCCCAAGCUCACUGACCGCGACCGUGACCCUCGUCUCAGGAUCAACAUCGGUAAGCUGGUCAAGACACUCCUCGGUGGUCGCUUUCAAGGCACGUCGUAUCUCUAUGGCUCUCGCCCGCCACCCAACGACGCGGUGUGGAACACGUUUGAAAAGUACAACUUCCGAACCAAGAUCUACAAUCGCUCCCGCGGCAAGGAGAAGCAGGUAGACAGCGCCAUGGCAACGGAUCUGAGCCACACAUCUACCAAGCUCAGCACCAUGGCCGACUUUCUCCCCGAAAUUAAAGAGGAGAAUAAGAGGACUGUCUUUAUCGCCAUCACCGGAGACCAAGACAUGGUCCCCCCAAUCACACAAGCCUUGGACGACGGGUUCCGGGUUGAGCUCUGGGCUUGGAAGUCGGGCAUCUCUUCCGAGUACCGUAAGCUAGCCAACGAGAUGGCUCUGCUGUCGAUCAACUACCUGGAGCACGUUUUCAGAGAGAUCUCCUUCACUAGCUACCGUUCCACUAGACGGUCCGGAAAGGUCGAUCCAAGCUGUACGCUCGUGCUCUAUGACUUUAGCGGCAUAGAGCCCACCGACCCUCUCGACGCGGAAGCUAUUGUCUGCAAUGAGCUCGAUGGAUGGGGUCGCUUGUCCUUCAUAACCCCAUCCAACGUGACAAACGAGUUCUACGUCGAGUUCCCCGGAGCCAAGAAUAUCAAUGACAUGGAUGGCUUGAUCGCCAAGGCAGAGACUCAGUUCGGGGGGCUGUGGAAGGUCAUGUCAUGGCCUCAAUACGCGGACCGUUUCAACGAGGGACCACCGGCCAUGGUCGAGACUAGCAACAUGUUUGCACCUUUGGAGGGUGACGGGGAUCCCGAAUCUAGGGAAAUCAUGGCCAAGGAAGAACCUCAAUGCAUCCAACACAGCGCCAACGCGGCCAGUGCUACAGGGUCAACCAACGUCAGGGACCCAUCCAACCCCUGGAGGAUGCCCGCCGGGGGUGAACAGGGUGAAAACGCAGAAGCAAGCAACAUCAAUGAUCCCAGCAACAGCGACACCGACGGGUGGGAAACGGUAACCCGGUCUAAUCUGAAAAGCGGCCAUCAUGCGAAACAGCGAUGUCCCUACGGCAUUCGCUGUGGUAAAAGCGGCGAUUGCGGUCAUCUACACACCAAAGAAGAGCGCGACCUGUUCCAAGCCCUGCCGGAUCAGAACUUUAAGAAAUGGAGGACGAGCAAGUGCCGUCACGGAGAUAGAUGUUACCUCGGGAAGAAAUGUGCGUACUAUCAUACGCCGGCUGAGGCUUGGUGUACCCUAUGCCAUGUCGAGGGUCACAGCAGAGAAGACUUACAACCUCCACGGAGUAUCUCCAGACACCGGUUCCUUUCCCUCGGAGCUACUGGGUGGGUCUACCAGAUCGACACCGACAUCGCCCUCAAAUACCCCCGGAAUCUUGCGUCUGCCGACCUGGUUCAAGAAAACAGCAUCUACGACGACUUUGAGAAACAUGAGCCCUGCCCACAUGUGAUCCAAAGCCUUCUCCGUCUUCCAAAUGCAAACUUCAUGCCGUUCCUGAGCGGCGGAUCUCUCCAGAAGCGGCUGGAGUCCAACCAACGCCUCGACGACCGCCACAACUUCCUCGGCGUCUUGAGGCUGGAGCCCACCCAUACCGUUGAGCGAUGGGCCGCUGAGCUCUCGGGCGGCGUGUCUUGGCUUGAAUCUCUAGGCCUAGUCCAUGGGGAUCUACGACCCGAGAAUCUGCUGCUGGACACGGGAGACCAUCUCAAGCUUGUCGAUUUCGACUGCGUCGACAAGAUAGGGAACGACUCAUCAGGGAAUCCUCCGCCGUGGGCUCGUGUGCUUGGUUCAGAGGCUGGAGCGCAGCAACCUUUGGACAUGAAAUUUCCCGAUCUGGGCAAUGGAUGUUUAGAUGCCAUUAUCGAUCGAUGCUGGAAAGGUCUCUACGAAUCAGUCGAGAACCUCGCCAAGGAGACGGCAAGCUUGGAUGGUGCUGUUACUCUACCUCAUGCUGAAGCAUUGGACCAAGGCUAUGUUUCCGAGAUGCGAGAUCGAUGUCAACGGUUGGUGGACGAGGGGUUGCUAGAUGCGGAUGAGUAG